AUGGACGAUUUGAGUGGUAUCAGGAAGGACAUCACUACUAUACCUGAGAACGUCGAAACUUCAGAUGGUCGGAGUACCCCGGCACAGAAUGAACUGGUCUUACGUCUGGAACAAAGGAUUUUGGAGCUACAAAGAGAACUUGAGCAGCCAGAUGUAGGGAUGCCGGAAGGGUACAAACCUCCCAAAUUUGAAAUGUUCGAUGGAACUGGUGAUCCAAAAGUUCAUCCGAGGACAUAUUGUGACAAGCUUGCAGGAGUGGGCAAAAAUGAACAAAUCCGCAUGAAACUAUUCAUGCUAAGCCUCACAAGAGAUGCAUUGUCCUGGUAUGUCAGCCAGAAUCCGAAGAAGUGGGUGAGCUGGGCUGCAAAAGUAAGACCAGCACUCGAAGAAGAACAAAUGAAUAAGUUCUUUGUCAGAGCUCAAGAACUGCAAUACUAUGAAAGGUUGAUGGUUAUUGAGAACCACAAAAUCUCUGACGUCAUCAAGCUAGGAGAAAGAAUAGAAGAAGGGAUUAAAAGCGGGAUGGUGCCGAAUUUCGAAGCACUACACGCUACAAAUAAAGCCUUGCAAUCGGGAGGUAUCUGGAAGAAGAAUGAAGCGGGUGUUGCAAAGGAAGCUGCACCAAAUAUUCGUAAUAAUCCUCUCCUGGAUCACAUAGGUGAGGGAGUGAACGUGAUAGAGACUGGCAAGGAAUGGGAUUCGGAAGGGUCAAUUGGACUCAUUCGAGAGGGAGAUGAUCCUAAACCCAAGCACCUUUUGAAGUCGAGGUAA